AUGUCUGUAUUACGUGCUGCGUUUUUCACUUGUCAUAAUAAUGGCUCUAUUAUUCCAAGAUAUUCCUUGCAGAAGUGUUUUUUGCAAGGAAAAAGCCAGAACUUAUGGAGGACAACAAAGCGUGAAUUUAAUAAAAUUACUCAAAGAUGUGCCAAAGAAAACGUGAAUGAGUCGAAACUUUUCUUGUACAUUCAGAAGUUUGGUUUCAGCGGACUUGGUGUAACGAUUGCUUGUAUUUUGAAAUCACAUAAUCGAAUUGUACUCUGUAAAGAAGCCAAAAGAAUAAGUGACAUAAGUCUAGUCAAUCCGGAUAACCGUGACUUGAUCUUUAAAUGGACAAAAUUUUUCAAGUAUUUAUAUCCACAUAUCUGGUAUUUAUUAUUAGCACUAUCAAGUGCAUUAAUAGUUGCAUUAUUAAAUAUACAAAUACCACAAUGCGUUGGAAGUGUCAUAAAUGUACUAACGGAAAUAUGUCAGAAUAAAAAUGAUUCUGCAAAACAAGUCAUUUUCCAGCUUACUCAACCAGCUUUUAUUUUGGCACGCAUGUACAUUGCACAAGCAUUUUUUACUUUUGCAUAUAUUUAUACUCUGUCACACGUUGGUGAAAGAGUUGCAGUGAGCUUACGUCAGGAUUUAUUCAAGUCCAUUAUUAUGCAAAACAUAGCGUUUUUUGACAAAACACGUUCUGGUGAAAUAGUAAGUCGAUUGACCAGUGAUAUUCAAGAUUUUAAAAGUUCAUUUAAAAUCUGCAUUUCUCAAGGUUUGAGAAGCUUCACGCAAAUUAUUGGUUGUAUCGUCUCUGUAAUAGUGAUAUCACCGCAAUUGACCACUCUUGUGGUAUUCAGUUUGCCUCCAAUAAUUUUUAUGGGUACUCUGCUGGGAAGAAGUUUGCGCAAACUAUCGAUGGAAGCGCAAAAUCAAAUUGCAAAAUCUACAGCUGUUUGUGAGGAAGCAAUACAAAACAUCCGAACGGUGAGAGCUUUUGCCGCGGAGAAGAAAGAAGCAGAAAUGUUUUACAAAGAGAUUAAGCAUUCAUCUGAUCUAUACGAACGAUUAGGUUUUGGUAUAAGCUUCUUUCAAGCAGGAACAAAUUUACUGCUUAACGGUAUUCUACUUUCCACGCUGUACUUUGGUGGACAGUUACUCUCUACAGGACAAUUGUCUCCGGGAAAUCUUAUGGCAUUUUUAAUGGCUACACAAACCAUACAAAAGUCUUUAGGCCAGUUAUCAGUGCUUUUCGGAAUCUUCGUUAGAGGACAGAGUGCUGGAGCCAGGAUUUUUCAGUACUUAGAUAUGCGGCCUUCGUCAAUGAUGAUCGGUGGUGACAUAAUCAUGGAUGAAUCCCUGGCGGGGAAUAUAAUUUUCAAAGAUGUAAAUUUCAGCUAUCCCACUAGACCUGAUCACGUUAUUUUGAAAAAUUUUAAUUUACACAUUCCCGCUGGGAAAACUGUAGCUAUUGUUGGUACUAGUGGUAACGGGAAAUCAACAGUGGCUGCAUUAUUAGAAAGAUUUUAUGAUGUUGAUGAAGGCUCCAUUACUAUUGAUGGUAGAGAUAUCAGAUCCCUUAAUUCCAGUUAUCUCAGAGGCAAUGUUUUAGGCUAUAUCAAUCAAGAGCCUACUUUAUUUGCUACCAGCAUUAUGGAAAACAUUAGGUAUGGGAGACAAGAUGCAACGGACGAAGAGGUCAUCGAGGCAGCUAAAGAAGCAAAUGCGCACGAAUUUAUAACAAAAUUUCCAGACAGCUAUGCGACUGAGGUUGGCGAAAGAGGCACACAGCUCUCUGGUGGACAAAAGCAACGAGUUGCUAUCGCCAGAGCUUUAUUAAAACAACCAUCUGUUUUAAUUCUGGAUGAAGCAACAAGUGCAUUAGACUAUGAAAGCGAGAGAGUCGUUCAAAAAGCGAUUGAAAAUGUUACAAAAGGUAGAACAGUUCUUGUCAUUGCUCAUAGAUUGAGUACCAUUAAAGGAGCUGACGUAAUUGUCGUGUUACAACAUGGUGUCAUUGUGGAGAUAGGCAAGCAUUCAGAAUUGAUUAAACGAAAAGGAAUAUAUUACACGCUUGUUAAUGAGCAGGAAAAAGAGAAUAUGUAAUAAGACAUAAAACAAAUUAUAUUAU